CCAAAAUCCAGGAAAAAAAUGUUCUUUCGGUAGAGAAGAAGGAUGAUCAGAAAGCUGUAGAUGCAGCUCUGAUCAAAUCAAUUGAGGGUGUUCCUGAUUUGAAGGCUUAUUUGGCGGCUAGAUUUUCACUCAAGGCAGGCAUGAAACCUCACGAGCUUGUCUUCUAAGAUGGGAUCAAUUAAGCCCUACGGUUGCUUGCUUUUCCUAGCUGUUUGAAGUUGCUUUAGCUGAUGUACCCUUUUAAUUUCAUUGUCAAUGGACAACUAAAUUUUGUCAUUAGGUGGAGCGUUGUUCAAGUUUAUCUUCUCUUUAUGAUUGACAAUUGACGUAUAUUAUAUAUACUUACAUGUGAGGUUUCUUUUGAUGGGCACUUUAUAUGGUUUUUCUGAGCUUUGUGGAUUGUAUUGAAAUGGUCAUGAACCUUCUCUUUAGGUAUCCCUGGUUUGGUGACUUGAGUUCAGUCCAAUCUCCCUGGAAGAAUUAUGUGCUGUGUUUUCUGGCAGGGAUUAAAUCAAGAAAUUCUUACUCAUUUGGAGAUCAGUAUGUGCACUUCAAUGUCAGCAUUCCAACGAAUCUGACUCCUAGACAGCGUGAAUUAAUCGAAGAAUUUGCUAAAGAAGAACAAGGUGAAAUUGAGAAGCACGUUGCUGUUGGAGCAACUGGAUGAAGAAGGGAGUGGGGUGCACUUUGGCAUUGCUUUGAAAGGCAGAAGAGAAUAGAAAGGGAGGAAGUUGAUAUUGUUAUAGUAAUAACUUGCUCUGGCAGUUUUGUAGUAGUAGCUAUUGCAUGUAUUGCAUUAAUUUAGACCGACACACUGUGCUACUUUCUCUUUGCACGGUAUAUAAUUUUUUACU